AUGGUGUCCUCUACUGAGUUAACGCCUAUAGAGAAAGCUAAGCGGCAGGCUGCCUACGCAUGUGCGGAAAAGAAUGUCAGUAGCGGCUGUCGCCUUGGUGUUGGAUCUGGUUCCACUGUUAAGUAUCUCGUGGAAUAUCUCGAAUCAGCAGUAAAAUCGGGAAAAUUGCAAAAUAUUGUUUGUGUACCGACCAGCUUUUUGACAAAACGAUGGUUGUUGGAUGCUGGUCUAACGGUCACAGAUCUGGAUAGUACACCUGAACUUGACGUCUGUAUUGAUGGUGCUGAUGAGGUACAGUUUACCUUAUAG